AUGCCUUCGGUCUUGGUUAACAGCUUGAACGAGCUUGCUCGACAGCCUCCGCAAAGUGAGAAAGAGAAGAAGGAGGUGUAUGAUGCCGCACUUCGAUUAGCUUGGAGCCUUGAGUCGCAGCAAGACACCGCGCAACGUCUAUACCAUGGCCAUUUGCCACUGGCAACCGCCCAAACGGGCAUUGAUCUUGGACUGUUCGAUAUUUUGAGCAAGCAUUCGGGCGACGCAUUCAGCAUCGAUGAUCUGGCAGCGAAGACUGGUGCUGAGCCAGAACUCCUCAGCCGUCUCCUCGGAUUCUACGCCGCCCAGCAGAUGGUUCUGCAAACGCCCCAAGGCACAUUCACCGCCUCGCCCAUUACUCACAACCUCUCUCAACCUGGCACCGCUGCCGGCAUCAAGCAUUAG